UCCAGGAAGUGAGGAGGAAGAAGGCAAAACAAAACAAAGCCUUGCGAGCAGAGACAGCGUGAACACUCAAACCCUGCAAGCUGCCGGACCAAAAAAAACUACACUUUUUCUUUUUCCCCCCGCCACUCUUUUUAAAAAAAGAGCUUCUCGCACGCUGACGGAGGCCGACGGCGCCCGCCUGGAGACUUUGAUCCGGGACGUGGAGACGUGCCUGAGCACACCGGAUUGAGCCGCCGUACUGACCCCGCCCACACUACCCCCCGCCACCCCUUCCUCCCCGGCCACCUUCAAGCCACUGGGACCGGACAGGAGGCUCGGAGGAUUGCCCCGACUCCCCCGUUCCCCCCCCCGCCCCUCCCCCCCGCCCCACGCUGGAGCGUUAAGCUGUGCCUUGCGAUGCCUCAGCCCAGCGUCAGUGGGAUGGAGCCUCCCUUUGGGGACGACUUUCAGAACUUCUCCUUUGCCGACCAGGCACUGACCAGCACUGAGCUGUUGGCCAACACCUCCGACCCGGAUUUCAUGUACGAGCUGGACCGAGACAUGAGUCACCGACAGAGCCCCUACGGCGAUGGCGUGGUGGGCGGCGCCGACGGGGCCAAAGAGUCCGACGGCGGCGUGGAGCAGCUGAUGUUGUCGGGCGAUUACGACGCCGUGCACGGCAGCUCGGUCUUCGAGCAGUGGGACUCGUACUGGGAAGACCUGACCAGAUACACUCGCCUGGCCAGCUGUGACAUUUGGGGCACCAAGGAGGUGGACUUCCUGGGAAUAGACGACUUUUCCAGUCCUUACCAGGACGAGGAGGUGAUUGGCAGAACUCCCACCUUGGCUCAGCUCAACAGCGAGGACUCCCAGCCCGUCUGCGAGGUUCUUUACCCGCCGGUCGACCUGGGCGCCCCUGCACCGCCGCCGCAACCCGCCUGCCCCAAUAAGAGACCCCCGCUCCUCGGCUCGGGCCCCGGCCUUUCCCGGCCCUCCGCGAGCUCCUCCUCCUCAUCUCGCCAUUCCCGGAAUCUCCUGCCGGACUUCCCUGAAGGCUUCCAGAAGGCCACCAGGCCGGUCCCCUCCAGCACCGAGACCAUGACAAAGACGCAGCCCUUCCUGAGCGCCGCCCCGGACCCGGGCCACGUUCCGCUCAAAGCCCAGGGGCGAGCCUGCAAGAUGACGGCCCCCGCUUCCGGAAGCUUUGACUUUGUACGCAAAGCUAAAGUCCGCGUGAGCGCCGCUCUUAAAAAUCAGGCCGACGCCCCCUCCCAGACUUACCUGGAGAGGUUAGCCGCCCCUCCCGACAACGUGGCGUCCACCUCCGGCAGCUUCGAGAGGAGGGCGGAGCCAAGCAGGAAGAGGGAGACGCCGUCGGAGUGGGCCACCGCCCCUCAGCUGGCCGAGGCCAGCCCCGAGGGCGGAGCGUCGGUGGCGGGGAGCGUGGAGGCUGCGGGCGGGGUUAGCGGCGGCGAGGGCGCGGACGUGGUGGAAAGCAUUGAGAAGAGCAAGGAAGAAGAACACAACUACUCGCUCUUCCUGACCCGAAGACGCCUGGCGGGAAGAAGCCAGUCCUACCUGGAGGAGGAGGAGGAGGAGGAGGAGGAAGAAGAAGAGGAGGAGGAGGACGACGACGAAGGCGACGGCCUGGAGCUGGACGAUGAAGACCACGACGAAGGUUUCGGCAGCGAGCACGAGCUGUCCGACAACGAGGAAGAGGACGAGGACGAGGACUACGAAGCCGACAAGGACGACGACAUGAGCGACGCCUUCUCCGAGCCAGGCUGCGACGCGGCGCUGAUGGACGACGAGAAGGGCGUGACGGCGGGCGUGUCGAGCAACAAGCGAGGGAAGCGCCGCUACUUCUGGGAGUACAGCGAGCAGCUGACGCCCUCCAAGCAGGAGCGCAUGCUCAAACCCUCCGAGUGGGACCGCCACACGUUGCCGAGCAACCUGUACCAGAAGAACGGGCCCCUGCACGGCAAGUACAUGCUGAAGAAGUCUCGGCGUACGGACGUUGAAGACCUGACCCCCAAUCCCAGGAAGCUUCUUCAGAUCGGCACGGAGCUGCGAAAACUCAACAAGGUGAUCGGCGACCUGACGCCCGUCAGCGAGCUGCCCUUCACCGCGCGGCCCUGGUCCCGCAAGGAGAAGAACAAGCUGGCGUCCAGGGCCUGUCGUCUGAAGAAGAAGGCCCAGUACGAAGCCAACAAGGUCAAGCUGUGGGGACUCAGCACCGAGUACGACCGCCUGCUGUUCGUCAUCAACGCCAUCAAGGAGGAGAUCGUCGCCCGCGCGGAGGACUCGUCCCCCCGGCCCAGCAACAUGAGCGACACGCUGGGGCGACUCAUGCAGGAGACCCUCGUGGAACCGCCUGUUGCCGGCCAGACUUCGGACUUCGUCAACAAGAUCCUGGAGAAAACGGGCGGCGGCGACCCCACCGGCGGACUGGUGGGCCUGCGCGUGCCCACCUCCAAAAUCUAGACGGACGGCGGCGUGGACUCAGCGCUCCUCACCGUGCUGGCCCCUCCUCCCCCCCUUGUAACCGCGCCCCCUCUGCAUGCCCCUCCCACCCAGAUUUACGCACAUGUCUAUUCACACCUGCACACAACAC